AUGAGUGAGCAGUCAGUAUCUGAUAAGACUCCACCGGCAGAAAAGGUGGCCACUGAAGCUUCUGCUGCUGUACCAGCUGGAGAAAAAGAACUUUCAAAUAAAGAGUUGAAAGAAUUAAAGAAGAAAGAGAAGGCAGCCAAAAGAGCUGCUCAAAAAGAAGCAAGUGGUAUAACUCCAGAGCAACAGGACCAAUUGGCGCAACAAAAAAUGGAAAGGAAGAAGCAGCAACAAACUGCUACGAAUACAAAUUUAAAGAAACAAUUGAACCAGACCCUAAUUAAAGAUGCCAGUGCAAAAAAGAAAAUUCCAGCUUUAUUCAGUCACUUGGAAACUAGAGAACAAAGAAAUGCAUCUUCACCAUCGAUUUCUCAUAUUGUACAUCCAGCUAUCUUAUCAUUGACAUUGAAGUACUCCAACUACAAAAUUGUCGGAUCUAUUUCAAGAUUAAGAAAUAUGUUAGAAACUUUCAAGAUAGUUAUCAGCGAUUAUCAAACUCCUACAAACACAACUUUAACUAGACAUUUGACAGGUCAUUUAUCUCACCAAAUUGAAUAUUUGAAGACAGCACGUCCUUUGUCUGUAUCUAUGGGUAAUGCAAUUAGAUUGUUGAAGCAAGAAAUUUCGCAUAUCUCGAUUGAUACUACUGAGCAACAGGCAAAAGAAAUAUUAAACCAAAGAAUCGACGACCUUAUCAAAGAAAAAAUUGACCUAUCUGAUAUGCUUAUAAUUGAAAAUGCAUCAAAGCAUGUCACUAAUGGAUCCACAAUUUUAACCUUUGGGCAUUCUCAUGUAUUGGAAAACUUGUUUAAAUAUUGUGUUAAUCAACAAAAUAAGAAAUUCAACUUAAUAAUUGUUGAUUCUAGACCAUUAUUCGAAGGAAAGAAUUUGUUAACUAAUCUAGUAAAUACGAGCUAUUCCCCUAGUAUAGAAGAAGACGACAAUUCUGAUGCAGAAUCUGCAAGGAAGAUAUUUAAGCUGAAGCCUAUUACCCAAGAUCAUCUUAAAGUGCAGUAUGUUUUGAUAAACUCAUUAUCAUCUACUAUACUAGAAGACGUUGAUUGUGUGUUUUUAGGUGCCCACGCAAUGUUGUCUAAUGGCCGUCUUUUUUCUCGAGUUGGUACUGGUUUAAUUGCCAUGAUGUGCCACACAAGAAACAUUCCUGUAUUGGCCUUUUGUGAGUCAAUUAAGUUUUCGGAUAAAGUUCAAUUAGACUCGGUUACUACUAACGAAUUGGCUGAUAGUGGAGACUUGAUACAAGAUAUCGGUUCAAAGAGACCGCCACAGAAGAAGUCUUUUGCUUUGGAGCAAUUUAUAAAGCAAUGCGACGAAGAAAAGGCUAAAGUAACCAACAAUUUAAACAAUAAAAAUAAACAACAAAAACAAAAGAAUAAUAAUAUUGAUGAAGAGAUAUCCGGAAAGGAUGCAAAUGAAUCUAUUUUGAAGAACUGGCAAGAUAUUGAUAAUUUGAAUAUUUUGAAUAUUAUGUACGAUUUAACUCCUCCAGAAUACAUAAAAAAGGUUGUUACAGAGUUAGGUGCUUUACCACCUUCAUCAGUUCCAGUCAUUUUAAGGGAAUACAAAAGUGCUUAA